AGGUUAAGGUUUCAUCAUGAAGCCCACCAACGCAGCCGUUUUCUGCGCCAUGUCGCUGUGUGCCAUCGCCGUGGCUGUCCGCCAAGCACAUCCAGCAAUCGUCAUGGGCGGCGGGUCGUACGGAUGCAAUUGCCCCAUGCUGAACGUGUUGGCUGCAAGGCAAUGUUGCGUCACGGUGGGGACUUGCUGUCUCGCGGCAGGGAUGGGCAUUGGAGGUUACGGCGGACAUCUUGGCGGCGUCGAAUACGGAUACCCGAUUGUCUCGUACGCUCCUAUCGCAUUGCGCGUGCACAGAACUGUCCUUGCUCACGCCCCAUGGGCUCAUGGCGGCCUGCAGCUCAACAUUGGCGCUGGACUUGGAAGAUGAAAACAGACAUUCCGCAACAAUGGCGUUGAACUGGAAUGAUUGGAACCGAUACUUUAGAAAAAUAAAGGCAGUCAGUUAUCAGAG